AUGCCCCCCACGCGCCGAAACCUCUUUCCAAGCCACCUCAGUCGUCGUCCAGCAUUCAAUCCCGCUCAGGACUCAACCAGCGACGCCGACAACACGUCCUCCAACAAUGACACCAAACACCACAACGCUCAAGAUACAGAUUCCGGACCAAUGACACCUGAAACCACAAACACAACCACAGCGCUUCUACUAAACAACGGCGACAUCAUCGCACGCGACAAGAACGGAAAGUUCCAACUAGACAUCCCCAUCCUGCCGCCCAUACCACUUGACGAGGAAGACGGAGAAGACGAUGCUGAAGAUGAAGAAUCAGGCGCUAUGGAAGGGAUAGAGGGUGAUGGGACGCGACCUAGUGGUGGUAGCUCAGAAGUUAUAGGGAAGGAUAAGGACAAACUAGAGGAUUUGGUUGAGAUGAUGUAUCGGAAUCGGAAUAGGCAUUUGAGUGGUGAACCAGAGCUACUGAAUCUACUGCAGCAGAGUUUACAUAACAAAGUUGCGACUUUGGAGGAAGAUAACUGGAUGUUUGAGCCGGAGGAUGAUCCUCUCGUGUGA